AACAGAAUAGAAAAGAAUAAGGAACAGAACAGAAUAGAAUAGAAUAGAAUAAUUGGAAAGCAAGUGUGCCGAGCUGGAAGCCCAAGGUAGACAGACCAUGGUGGACCAUGGACAAUGAAAAGCCCAGCGGGGAAAAGGGAAAGUUUUGCUAUGCUGUUUUCGCGCGAAAUUGUUAGAACUGGCUUUUCUUCUUCUGUAACCCACACGAAAUCUUCAGUAAAGGUUUUUUGCUGUAUGUAUGUAUGUAUGUAUGUAUGUAUGUAUGUAUGUCCCAGGAGUUGAUUCCCUUAAGCGCCGCGGCAAGAAAAGUCGUAAAACGGGGCAGAGCUCACUUAACAAACGUCUGUCUUAAACCUGGGGCUUCGUUGUGGUGGUUAAGUCGGCCUGUAGAUUGUAAAUCUCUUUUAUUAUUUUAUUUCACCCACGCCUACCCCACCCUAGGACGGAGUUUAUCUCGAACGGAGACCAUGUCAACGUGUGGGAUAGAUGACGACAUUCCGCAGGGAGAGAGGAAAACUGUCACGGAUUUCUGUUACCUGCUGGAUAAAUCGAAACAGCUUUUCAACGGCUUAAGAGAUUUGCCCCAAUAUGGGCAGAAGCAGUGGCAAUCUUAUUUCGGCAGGACCUUUGAUGUUUACACCAAACUCUGGAAGUUCCAGCAGCAGCAUCGACAAGUUCUGGACAAUCGGUACGGCCUGAAGCGCUGGCAGAUCGGAGAGAUCGCCUCCAAGAUUGGGCAGCUUUAUUACCACUACUACCUUCGCACCUCUGAAACCAGCUAUCUGAACGAAGCCUUCUCCUUCUAUUCUGCCAUACGGCAGAGGUCUUACUACUCCCAAGUCAACAAGGAAGACAGGUCAGGCUUGCCUGAGCUGGUAGUUAAGAAACUACGUUACUACGCCCGGUUCAUCGUGGUUUGCCUCUUACUCAACAAAAUGGUGGUGGUGAAGGAUCUUGUAAAGGAACUAUCGGAUGAGAUCGAAGAUUACACCCACCGUUUCAACACCGAAGAUCAAGUGGAGUGGAAUCUUGUCCUGCAAGAAGUGGCCGCUUUCAUUGAGGCAGACCCAGUCAUGGUUUUGAAUGAUGACAACACUCUGGUUAUCCUGUCCAACCGCCUCUCCGAAACGGGAGCCCCUCUGCUGGAACAAGGCAUGAUCGUGGGGCAGUUAACGCUGGCCGACGCUCUCAUUAUUGGCAAUUGCAACAAUCAGGUGAAGUUUAGUGAACUGACAAUCGACAUGUUCCGGAUGCUGCAGGCGCUGGAGAGGGAGCCCAUGAAUCUCGCCACGCAGAUGAACAAGCCGGGGCUGCAGGAGAGCACCGAAAAACCAGCCCGAAGGGAAAACCCUCACAAAUACCUGCUGUACAAGCCAACCUUCAGCCAGCUCUACACCUUCCUCGCGGCAUCAUUUAAGGAGCUGCCUGCCAACAGCGUGCUGUUGAUCUACCUGUCAGCCACCGGGGUCUUCCCUUCAGGUCGUUCGGAUAGUGAAGGUCCCUACGAUUUUGGGGGUGUCCUGACGAAUAGCAACCGGGAUAUCAUAAACGGAGACGGAAUGCACAAACGGAACCAGUUGUACAAGGAAAUGCAUUGCUUGCACCCUGGUGAUCUCUAUCCUUUCACCAGGAAGCCUCUGUUCGUCAUAGUGGAUUCGUCGAACAGCGUCGCCUACAAGAAUUUCACCAAUUUAUUCGGGCAGCCGCUGGUCUGUUUGCUUUCUCCGACCACGUAUCCGAAAGCGUUGCAAGAUCAAUCACAACGAGGAAGCCUCUUCACGUUCUUCCUGAACAACCCUCUAAUGGCAUUCCUGUUUGUCUCCGGAUUAUCAAGCAUGCGCAAAAGUCUCUGGGACAAAUGCCACGAUUACCUUCGUAAAAUCAACCGGGAUAUUGCACAACUCUUGACUCAUUCCCGCUCCAUAGACCAGGCCUUUCUCCAGUUUUUUGGAGAUGAAUUCCUGCGCCUGCUUCUAACAAGGUUUAUUUUCUGCUCAGCUACCAUGAGAAUGCACAAAAUCUUCCGGCAGGAAACGAGGAAUUAUCCCGAAUCGUAUCCUCAACUGCCCAGGGAUGAAACGGUAGAAAAUCCACACCUUCAGAAGCACAUUUUGGAAUUGGCUUCGAUAUUGGAUGUCCGAAACGUAUUUUUGGAGACUACCCUCGACGAUUAUUAAGUGCGGAGAAAAAAAAUACACACGGUCCGGAGGUUUUCACUGGAGGGUUUUUAACCCUCACUGCAAAAAAAAAAAACAACAUUUUUUUUGGGAAAUGGUGCAGUUUUCUAAACGCGAUCAUCCACUCCACACACACAGAAACACAGGAAUUUACUUGAGUUUUAUUUUUGAACUUGACAGGUGUUGUUUUUUUUCUUUUUUUUAAAAAAAAAGUAAAAUGGAAAGAAGGAGGAGGGGGCGCGCAGCUGUUCCAUUCUGCGUGGGAUUCAGUUUUGAUAAAAAAAAAAUAAAACAAACCUCUCCUCACGAAAAGUUUUACCAUUUUAAGACUGAAAACAAUCUGGUAGGUUUUGAAGCUCUCUCUCUUUUUUUUUUUGAUUUGGAAGACAUCGCUGGCCACGCAACAACAAUAACACACACACACACACACAAACGCAUGCGCUCCCUCGAGAUUGAAAAUGCAGCCAGUCACUUUUAAGCCCUCGUGUGCAAAUUCUUUAUUUUUGUACUGUUUUUAAAAAUUUGAAAGCAAAAAAAAAAAAAGAGAAAAAAAAAGAAGAAGAGAGGAGGGUGAAAAAAAAAAAUUCAGAAAAUAAUAAUAAUAAUAAUAGUAAUCUUCUAUUCCCCAAAGAUUUAAAAGCUGAACGGCGGGACUUCAAACGGUACAAAGCAGACAGCAAUAAGCGUGAAUUGAAGUCAAUAUGCUUCAUCGAGUUGGGUAAACUUAAGCAAAUGUAGCGCUGUCCAUAAGUUUCUUUCUUUUUUUCUUUUUUUCUUUUUUCUUUUUUUUUUUUGAGAAAACAGCCUAUAUUGCAUGUUGAUGCUGGGCUUUAUCCCUCAAAAUCUAGAAUUUUGGCUCGUGGCAUUAUCACCUCAAAAAGAUUAACCCCCUUCUUGGUCUGUGCAUUCCUUCAGUUUGGGCUUCAAGUCGUGAGCAAAAAAUAAAUUUUAAAAAUGCCACCCCUUUCUCUGCACGUAACCGUUGUCGAUUCACGCUGCAAUAUUGGAAGGUUCUCUCAUGACCCUUCUCCCCCAACCCUUCCACCUCAAACUUCUGAAAGAGCUUCUUUCAUCCCAUUCCUACUCCGAUGGCAGAAGUUCAACCGGUGAAGAAAACAAAAGAGAACAAUCACUGCCUCGCCUCUCUGCUCAAGCUGCUCAAAAGAGGGAAAAGUUUUAAGAGAGGACCCCUCAUCUCACCUUCUUACUGCCAGGGAAAAAUGUCCACUUUGCGGAGCUGUUGAUAGGCAAGAGGAAGACCAAUAGGACUCGUGGGAGAAUUGACCUCAAAAGUUUGAUGAACUUUUGGGAAAAGGUGAGGAGGAGAAAUCUGAAAAGGUUUCUCUUUGGAAGGGGAGGAGAAGAAGACAAGGGAGUUCUCACCCAUGGGCUUCAACAUCUGGAUUUUAAGGGACAGACAACUCAAGAACUGAGACCUAUCUCCAAAGCUUCUCCAAAGCUUUCUUGGAAGGGACCUCAAGUUUGCAUUUCUUGGCCUCCUCCAAUCCGUCUCCGGUGACUUGGACUUGACGUAGCUAGAACAACAAUGGUCCCGAAGGACGAAUUUUAACGCUCGUGGGCCCAGCGAAGAAGUCCUGUAGGAUGGAAAAUGGGACAAGCGUCUCAAUCAAGAUUGAGGAGGAGAUCUGAGGAAAUCAAUCCGUGGGCUUGGUGUCCAUGUGCUGCUGUUUUCAAAGAUCCCAUCCUAUGCUUCCCCCCCCCACCACCACUCAAAAAAAGAGUACACUGAUGAAAUUCAAUGUAUUUGGACUAAACUAGAGCGAACGCACAAUUCCACUUUUUUAAAGGGUGGGUAGGGAAUCUCCGAGGAAGCAUAUUCCAUAAUAUAUGAAGGGGUGCUUUUGAAAAGUUGAGAAGAUGACGUGAAAGAAAUGGGGUCCUUCGGUAGCUAGGAUGGAAGGCUGGAAGGAGGAGAGCUGAGGAAGGAGGACUCCCUUCCCUUGGUCUGGAUGUCCAAGGAAAUACGGUUUUUUUAUCUCAAUGUCUGCUUCUUCCAAGGGUCCUACAAGCUGCUUUGCAAGCGAGGACACUUCUUAAAGAAGAAGUAGCAAGGUUGGGAAUAAUUGGUUGCCAUUUGGAAGAAAGGCAACCUCGGGAGGGAUAGUAGGAUGGUGCCUUAGGUCGGGCCUAAAGUGCAAUGAAGAUGAUAUUAUAGAUGUUGAGUUUUUUCUUUUUUUUUUUAUCUUGCUCUUUUGAGGAAGAAAAAAAAGAAAGGGAGGAGAAGGAAGAAGGAAGGAGGUAGUUCUGGUUUUGAAAUGCCUUCAUUGUUGACUUGGCAAUCAAAUAAGCGGCUUCAUAGCAAACUCUGUUUUUAAUGGCGUUCGGUUUGGUCUAGGCGCAGUGCAUUUCCUUCUGUGGUGCUUUGUGAUUUCCGCAGCGGUGCAGCCACGCAUCCGUCCCACCUGUGCUCCGCCUGCCGAGUUGUAAAUGUGUACGUGUGCAUGUAAAUAUGUAGAUAUAUUUAUAAAUAAGGAAGACCUCGGAACCGUGGUUGUACAAUUAUUAUUAUUAUUAUUAUUAUUUUUUAAAGUUUAGGUAGGUCCUGAACCCAAGCCACGCCCUCAAGGUGACGUCGUUAAGAAAUGCUCUUCAGGUUGUCACGAGUCCAACAACCUGUUGACCUGUCCGCCCGGAUGCUUCAACCCCCCUCAUGGCUAGGUUCUUUGGGUGUCCUUCCAAGUUGACCUCCAAUGAGGUCGUUCUGGAAGAUGUUUGAUUAUAAAGACAUCACCAUUUUCUCAGAAGCAUCUUCGUUGGAGUUCAACGUUUGGCUUGGUGUCUCUAGUUACAUGAUGAUGGUAGGAUUGUGCUGUGGUCUUGCUCCAUCUGGCCUUAGUAUCAUCUGGCUUGGCUCUGCAUACCCAUGGAAGGGAGAACUUUACUAGUGCACUUUCUACUGACCUAAUGUCCUCCAGAUGUCACCGAAGGGUGGGGAAACUUGAAGUCCACAGAUGUUUAGGACACCAGUCAAGGAGGUCUAUCUUACUGUAUCCGCUGGUACGUGUAGGUCACAAGCAUAAAGUUAUGGAUAAGGCCUUGAAAGAGAAGACACUCACUUUUAACCACAGAAGGUCUCUAGUUUUGACCUUGGUUUGACAUCCCGGUGGGCGAGGAGAGGAAUUUAAGUGCCUGAUUCUCUAGAGAUGGUAACUUCUGCUUUGCCAUCAGCAUUGGGUGCUCUAGAAAAACCAGAUUUCAAGGAAAGGACACCUAUUUUAAGUUCCCAGCGACACCUGGCGCGUUUUAGUUGUCUGUCUGUCUUUCUGAUGCGUAGAUUUCAGACAUGGUCCUUACGAAAACUUAAUGAAGUUUGAUGCUGAAAAAAGCUAAAUGAGAAGAAAUCUUGAAAGGGGGGUAUUCUGAUGAGACAGUGCUGGAGCGGUUCGUUUUCUUUUUCAGUUUUACUUGGAACCAUGCCCUCAGCUCUCCUUUGAAGAUAGGUAGAGGUCUUGCCUUUGAGAUAUUAACAAAGGAUUUGUGAGGAAGAAACGUUUUGAGAAAUUGGACCUGCUUAUCCUGUUGUUGUAGGGCUUGUGUGAAGGAAAAGGGUGGAUUUGGACAUCAAGACGGGGAGAAAUCUCUUUAUUGCAUUCUUGCAAAGGUGACUGUGCCGACACCUCGAUUGCUUUAAUUGCCGAAAUUUGUGUUGGCUCUGGUGUCCCUCCCCAGAUCACAAUUCCGUGCCGUGCUGUCUUUCACCGGGCCUUUCAGCGAAGAUGGGAAAUAGCUUGAAAGCAAAGAUAAGACAUCUUAACCAAGAUGGGACCAAAGCCUUGUUAAAUAGAAUGUAAAUAUCUACCAGAGCUUAAGCACAACAAACCAGCUUUUCUUUCUUUGUCCUGUCGAGGCAGCUAAAUAGACAUGUGCAGGUAUAAAGGGAGAAUAAAGCAGCAACAAACAAUGCUUCCUAGGAUAAGCAAACACUAAUUUAUUACUUUCAAGGAGGCAUCUUUCUAGUCAAAUUUAACAUUAUUCAUAGUGUUCUAAUGUGUUAUAGGUCCCUCCCUCCCUCCCUCCUUCCGUUUCCUUCCUUCCUUCCCUUCCUCCUUCCCUAUUUCCCUCCUUUCUUCCUUCCCUCUUUCCUUCCUUCCCUGUUUCCCUCCUUCCUUCCUUCCCUCCCUCCUUCCUUCCGCUUCCCUCUUUCCUUCCCUCGUUCGUUCCUUCCCUCCCUCCCUUCUUUCUUCCUUCCGUUUGUUUCCUUCCCUCCCUCCCUCCUUCCUUCCCUGUUUCGUCCCUCUGUCCCUUCCUUCCUUCCUUCCUUCCUUCCUUCCUUCCUUCCUUCCUUCCUUCCCCAAUGUUCAAAGCAAAAUGCUUCAUAAACCAUUCUUGAUACGUCCUUUUUCAGCUUGUCUUUUAUUGGCGGUUUAGAAUUCUAGUAACGACAAGGCCUCACGAUCAAUUCAAGAUCUGGGCCCCCCUUUUUCUUUUCUUUUUUUAAGCCUACCCUUUGGUAGCACUUUUGCAUGGUUCCGUGUAUUUUGUUUGUUUCUAUGAGUCUUGUAAUCCUCUUUGAGUGGCACAUGCUUGGACUUCAUUGUAUUUUUUUUAAAAAAAUGUGGUAUGGUCUCAGCCGUCGCAAUCCUCUUUUAAGCCCUUUGAUGGCGUGGGAACGUUUACAGAAAUUUAGCACUGAACCCCGCUGCACACUUUAAAAAAAAAAACAAAACACCACAACUACCACAACCUGUUGUUUCCAUUGGCCGAUAUUUGCUGAGUAAUACGAUGAGUUGAGUCAGAUUUAGAACAGAUUUAAUUGAAAUCUUCAAGUUGGCGAGGGACUUUCUGGAUAUUCAUCUUUCGGUUUGUGGAUAACUUAAUAUGGACCCAAUGUAGUGCUAACAGCUUAGAGCGAGAGAGAGAGAAAGAAAGAAAGAUAAAUAUAGAAAGGAUAUCUUUUUCAGACACUAAUGUUCCAGUAAGAUAGGAUUUGCACUAUAAUUCAAACCAACUUGCAGGAACUAAAACGCUAGCAUGCAUUUCUCGAUUUGAAUCUUGGUAGGGCACUCUUAUCGCCUUGUGCUUAUUAUUAGCAAUUAUUAUUUUCUUCGGUUUGAGUUUUUUUUUUUCUCUUUAAAAAAAGAAAAUGAAAGCGGACUUCUUCUUUUUUUUAAACACCAUGCCUGGUUUUUGUUCCUAAAAAACGCACCCCGUAUUUGGAACUCGUGAUAAAAACCUUUUUUUUUGCCUUCUUAGUGGUAAAAAAAAUAAUAAUUAUCUAGGCAACGCUAGUCUGUAACCGACUUGUUAUUGAAGUGUGACACAAGUGGUAGAGAGUACAUACCCACAACUGUUUUUCUCUUAGCAUCUCCGCUAAAGGGAUGGAAGCACAACCGUUUUUACAUUGGCCGAACUCGUUCGAAGUGCUGCUAUUCUGUAGUGCAUGUCGUCUUGCUGUACAUACAUUGCUCCUGUCCACGGUGCCAUUUUUGAUACCCUACCAUGUCUUGGUGCCAACCUAUCCAUGUGACGACUUGAGAUUUCUACAACAUUCCUGAUCUGACACUCUUUUUAUUAUUAUUUUUUUUCCUCUCCUCCCCGAUGACUGAGAAUUUUUUGGGGUAGGGUGGGGGUAUUCUGCUUUACGUCCUUGUAAAUGGUUACCCACCCACCCUUCCUCGACCUGCCAAGAAUGAAUGGCACCUGUGCCAUAAGGUCCAGUUGAUGUGGAAAUCGGUUUCCUGUAAUCCUUGUUACACGUGUCUGUUCUGACGUUAUCGGAAUCCUGUAAGCCAUAUAGCUUAUUCAUCCAUCUGUCCUUUUUUUUUUCUUUUGAAUUUUUCUCUCCCCGUCGGUUGGCCGAUUGUUGAUCAUUCACACUGUGGUUUGUGCUGGUGUCUUUUUUUUUUUUUUCCCUAAAGGGUUCAACACUUUUUUGCUUUUUGAGCACGAUAUGGGGCAACUUCUGUAGUGUCUAUCAACAGCUCCCCAUGGUCAACUCUCUCCAAGAUAACAGUGAUCACUUAAUAUCGCAGAAAUGAGGGAGGGAGUGGGGAAAAGACUCGUUAAAGAAAGGAUGCCAAGGAAGGGACAAAAAUGAAAUGAAUGACCCAAAAUUUAAAAAGAAAUUAAAAUGACUUCACAUAAUUUGUUGAAUUGGCCCCAUGGCGAUUGGCCGUGUUGAGUUGGCUGCGGUGGAGUUGCCCCAUUCCGUCGUCCGUCGGCGUCUUUCGAUUUGACGAGUUGUGGGAAGACGGUUUCCAUCCCGUCCAAAUUUUUCAACCAAACACUGUGAUCCUCUCUAGAGAGAGACCCCACACAGCGUCCAUGGGGACGAGAAACACUUGUCAAGAACCAACCCACAUACCUGGCUUUUCCGUCGCCCGAGAAGAAGGGUUUUGCUCUUGGUGUAUUGAAGAUUUUUUUCCAUGCCGGUUAUGUUCACUUAGAAUGUGAAUACAUUCGUUGGUUGUGUAUAAAUGGGUUUUUUUGUAUCGAGCCCCACUCGGAUUAUAUGUAUAACCAAUAUACAAUAAACAUAUUUGCUUAA